CAAUUGUGGGCGUCAGGUCCGCGGAGGCCGCACGCUUUGCCCAGAAAGCGACGAAAGUGGCCUAUACUCCGACGACAUACACAAACACUUGUGCCACUAGUGAAAUAUUAUGGUGACUUGAGGCUUGCGGGUGGGAGGACGGCGGCAGAAGCCUGGCAUCAUAACUUUCUCUGCACCUCCGGAAAUCUACACGGAUGCCCUGUCGCAAACCUUGAGUGCAAACAUAACUUGCACGGAGGGACAACCUGGAGAACAGCGACCCCAGCGGCCCAGCAACAUGCGCGUGCGGCAAACAGAACCGCACGCGGAUGCGAGCGGCUUCUGGGCCAAACUAACGUUUGGCUUCAUCAACGGGCUGUUACGUCAGGCCAGCAAGUCUGCAGACCUGGGCCCCCGCGACGCUGCCUAUUUGCUUCCUCCGUCCGACGUCGCGCUACGCCUUGUGCUGCAGUUCGACACCGCAUACGCCCGGGCAACGGGCGGCGUCCACCCGUCGCACCCGUUUCACUUGCGCCUUCCUGGCAGCCCCUGGCAAACCCCUCUACUCCUGACCCUCGUAAGACUUCACUGGAGACCACUGCUGUGGCAGCAGUUCCUCUGCAUGGGAGAGGUGGCGCAGGCGCUGGUCACUCCCGUGUUGCUGCGGGAAUUCUUGAGAUGGCUUGAGGCGGCGACGCAAGAGGACGGGCAGGGCCUUCCGCCCGCGUGGAAGGGCUGGGUGCUGGCAGUGGCGCUGGGCCUGAGCGGCGUUUCCAUCCCGCUCAUGAUGCACCACCACAACUGGAGCGGCGUGCGCAUGGCUCUAUGCAUGCGGCAGCAAGCCAUCGCUGCCAUCCACGCCAAGAUCCUGCGCAUGACUGCAUCACCCGGCGCGGCGGCGGCCUCCGGCGACUCGGGCCUGUCCUCCGGGUACAUCAGCACUCUGAUCGGGGCGGAUGUGCGGCGCUUCGACGACGCCCUGAAGCAGUGGCCAUACCUGGUGGCCAGCCCGCUGCAGCUGAUCGCCGUUAUUGUCAUGGUGGGCCUGGAGCUGGACUUCGUGUCUGCAGUGGCGGGUGCAUCCAUCAGCCUGGCGCUCAUUCCGCUGCAGGCGCUGCUUGCCACCUACAUCAGCGAUCUUCGGACGGCGCGCGCCCGCUGCACAGACGAGCGUGUGCGGCUCAUGUCGGAGGCGGUGGAGGGCCACCUGGCCGUCAAGAUGUGCGGACUGGAGGACUCCUUCGAGGCGCGCCUUCGAAAGCUGCGGGAAGCCGAGGCGUGCCAGGUCCGCCGCGCCUCCCGCAUCCGUGCCUUCAACCUGGCCCUCUACACCAGCAUCUCGUCCAUCAUUGCCUUCGUCACCUUCAGUGUGCACAGGGCUCGCGGCGGCUCGCUGAACGUGGCCAGCGUGUUCUACGCACUCAGCCUACUGCAGCUGCCCGCCGCCUACCUCGUGUUCGACUUCGUCACAGCCGCACAAUAUGCUACGGAGCUGGGCGUGUCCCUCACCCGCAUCCAGGCCUUCCUUUCGCUGCCGGAGCCGCCGCCGCCGCCGCAGUCGCACCGCCUGCCGGUCAAUUUGGAGUCACUGUCCAUGGCGGCGGCAGCGGCAGGCACACCCUCAGCGCCCCAGCAGCAUACACAACCGUCGCCAUGUUCGCCUUCGACAGCGACCGCGGCAGUGGCGGCUGCGCCAUGCGCUUUUCCACCUCGUCUGCUGCCGCCGCCGGCGGCGGCACAGUCGCUGCCGGCCGCAGCUGCUGCCGGAUGCGUGGCGAUGGGCGGCGGCGACUUUGACUGGCGCUGGCCGCUGGGGCGCCCGGAACUGGAGCCUUCGGCGGAGGUGCUGCAGCUGCUGGCAGCUGCUCCGGAUGAUGACGACGAGUACGGUGCCGAUGCGCUGUACGGCGGCCUGGAGGUGACGGUGCAAGCGGCGCCGGCGGAUCCGCAUGGCACGGCAGCAGAAGGCAAGGGUGGUGCGGCUACGGGUGGCGAGGCAGGGUGGCGCGGCUGGUGCGGCGCCUGUCCUCCUGCCGGGCUGCGAACUUCCCAGGCGGCGCCCGUAUCGGUGGAGGACGCCAAGCCUGACACAGAUGCCGGGGCCUCACCGCUUGUAAAGAUGGAGGUGGCUGCGGCAUCGGCGCAGCCGGUCAGCGCGACGCUGUCGGGCGUGUGUUUCGCCUGCGCGCCCGGCGAGCUGCUGGGCGUGUGUGGCGCCACCGGCAGCGGCAAGAGCACGUUGCUGGCGGCGUUGCUGGGGCAGCUACAGCCGCUGCAGCCGCUGAGGGAGAAGGAGCAGCUCCAGCCGCUACAGCAGCAGCGGGGGGACACAUGCGGCGGCGGCGUGGAGGUUUGCGGCUCGGUGGCGUACUGCGCCCAGGUGCCGUGGAUCAUGGCGGGCAGCAGUGUACGGGAGAACAUCACGUUCGGACUGCCGUACGAGGAGGAGUGGUACGACACGGUCGUGCGGGCGUGCUGCCUGCAUGAGGACCUGGCACGCAUGGCGGCGGGCGAUCUCACGGAGCUGGGCGAGGGCGGCGCGGGGCUGUCGGGUGGCCAGAAGGCCCGUGUGGCUCUGGCCCGCGCCUGCUACUGCCGCCCGCAUGUGGCGCUGCUGGACGACCCGCUGAGUGCGGUGGACGCGCGUGUGGGCCGAGAGCUGUUUGAUGGCGUGCUGGGGCCGGCGGGGCUGAUGGCAAGCCGCUGCGGCACCACCCGGCUGCUGGUCACACACCAGGAGCAGUUCCUGCCGCUGUGUGACCGCGUGCUGCUGCUGCGCAGUGGGCGGCAGGCAGCGCUGGGGCCCUGGGCUGAGGUGGAGCAGCUGCGCCGCGAGGCCGCGCCGGCUGGGUCCCCGGACACGGCUGAGCCCGUAAACGGCACGCCGGCAGCCCUGAAGAUUGCAGCGGCAGCGGAGCGCCGUGUUGACGGCGAGCACGGGGCUGGGCAUGCCUCGCCCGUUCUGGAAAGGCAAAGGGCCGGCGCUGAGAUGUCCGCCGGCGCGAUGGCGCCGCCGUUGACGGUCAUGGCCGUGGACGGUUGUGCGGGCGAGAGCGGCACCACCUUCACUACGUGCGGCGGCCGCAGCAAUCCUGCCAGCAGCUUGGUUACGGCGCUCUCGCGGCCUACCUCGGGGGUGCACACGGCAGAAGGCAUUCCCCCAGUGUCGCUGCUGCCGCACCAGCGAGGCGCCUCGCCGCAGCGGCCGCCGACAGGCGGCAUUGGUGCGGCGCCGCAGCUUUCACGGCUGCGGGCGGUGGCCACGGUGGCUUCCUCCGACGGCGAGAGCCCGGCUGCCGCCGUGAGCCGAAACGGCAGUGUCUCCGGAGGCGUGAAAAGCAUCGGCGCUGGCAUCGCCGUCGCGCCUGCCGCUGCGGAUGUGUUUGCACCGCCACGCCACAUGAUGACAGCCGGCAGCGGCACGGCCUCCUGGGCCAGCCGUCGGCGCCGACUUUCCGGCGGCAACGUGGUAGACAGCCUCAGCGCGCCCAGCAGCCCACAGUGGCAUCAGAAGCUGCUCAUGUCAAUCCGAUUACAAGGACUUGCGGACCGGACGCAUGGCAUGGCUCGUGACAAUGGCGGCGAGCAAUUGGGGAGCAUGGGCAGGGCGCGGACUGCCUUUGCGCAGUGGAUCGGCACCAGCAUGCGCCUGACCAUGGGGAGAGGUGGCGCGGGCGGUGGCCGGACAUCGGACCCUGACAACAGCGUUGCCGCUGGCGAGUCCCUCAAGCGCGCGCCAACUGGGGUGUCACUGCUGGCCGCUGAGGACAAGGCGACGGGCAGCGUGCCUUGGGCGGUGUACGGGCGCUACGUGCGCUGCCUGGGCCUGGUGCUGGCUUGUGUGGUGGUGCUGGGGUUGCUGGCGGGCGAGGCGGCGUACCUGGCGGCGGACUGGUGGCUGGCGCUGUGGGCGGCCGAGGAGCCGGAACAGCAGGCGGAGCCAAGGUGGCAAGUGGUGUACUCCAUUCUGACCGGGGUGGUGGUGCUGCUGGCGAUUGCGAGGUUUGUCCUCUUUUUCGAGGCGUCCAUCAGCGCCUCGACGGAGCUGCACAACAAGAUGCUGAGGAGAGUGCUGCGCGCGCCGCUGUCGUUCUUCCACUCCAACCCCGCCGGCCGCAUCAUCAACCGGUUCAGCAAGGACCAGGGUCUGGUGGACGACCUGCUUCCGGCCGCGCUGGGCGAAGUCCUGGACUCUGGCAUGUUGGUGGUCGGGGCGCUGGUGCUGGUGGCGGUGGCGGUGCCUUUCGUGCUGCCGCUCUUCCUGCCCCUGGCGGUGAUGUUUCUGUUUGUGCGGCGGCGCUACGUGACCGCCAGCCGGGAGGUGCGGCGGUGGGAGGCGGUGACCUACUCGCCCAUUUACACCUUUGUGGCGGCAACCUGCAAGGGCCUGCCCACCAUCCGGGCGUACGGCGCCGGUGAGCGCUUCCAGCGGGAGCUACUGAGGCUGCUGUCUCACAGCGCAGAGUGGAGCUUUGCCUCUAACGCUGGUGCCAGUUGGAUAAGCCUGAGGCUGGAUACAAUCUCGGCCGUCACACUGCUGCUUGCUGCGCUUAUGGCGGUGCUGGUGCGGGGCCGGAUCAACGUCGAGGUGCUGGCGCUGGCUCUCACACACUCCCUGAGCCUGACCCACAUGAUGCAGUUCUUUGUGCAGCAGAGUGCCGAGGUAGAGAACCACAUGACGAGUGUGGAGCGGCUGCUGGCCUACACGCAGCUAGACAGUGAGCCGCCGCGGGUGGCGGAGGGUGGCGGGCAGCCGCCGCAGGGCUGGCCCAGCAGCGGCCAUCUGCAGUUCGAGGACGUCAGCGCUGCCUACCAACCAGGCCUGCCGCCUGUGCUCCGCGGCGUGACGUUCAGCGUUUCUGCCGGCAGCAGCUGCGGCGUGGUGGGUCGCACCGGCAGCGGCAAGUCCAGUCUGCUGCUGACGCUGUUCCGCAUGGUGGAUCUGACGCACGGCUGCAUCCGGCUGGACGGCGUGGACAUCGCGGCGGUGGGUCUGGACGCGCUGAGGCGGCACCUGGCGGUCAUCCCGCAAGACCCCGUGCUCUUCGGCGGCAGCCUGCGCAGUAACCUGGACCCCUGGGGCGCGCACAGCCGUGACGACGCCGCGCUGUGGGCCGUGCUGCGCUGUGUGCGGCUGGCGGGCGCGGUUUCGGCGCUACCGGGCGGGCUGGAUGCGCAGGUAGCUGCGGGCGGCGCCAACCUGAGUGCGGGCCAGCGGCAGCUGCUGUGCCUGGCGCGGGCCAUGCUGCAGCGGGCCAAGGUGCUCGCGCUGGACGAGGCCACCGCAAACGUGGACGCCGAGACGGACGAGGCGGUGCAGGCGGCGCUACGCGACUUCCUGCAAGGCGGAGGUGGAGGCGGCCCCGACGUCAGCACCACUGGCGGCUCUGGUGCCGGAGGUGGCAGUGGCGGCGGCGGUGUUGCGCUGGUGAUUGCGCACCGGCUUGACACGGUGAUGGACCUGGACGCGCUGCUGGUGCUUGCAGACGGGCAGGUGGAGGAGUGGGGGCCGCCGCGGGUGCUGCUGCGCGGGGGCGGCAGCCUGUCGCACAUGGCGGCGGCGGCGGCGGCGGCGGGGGCGGCGGUGCCACAGAUUGGAAGUAUGAGGAGCGGUGGAGCCGAUGCUGUUGUUGAUGAGGGCCAGGCAGUGGAUCUGGCUGGGACCGAUGGCCGUGUGGGGCUGGGGAAAAUGGUGCGGUCGGUGAGCGAUGCAGGGUGGCGUGGAUAGCUGUAGUCCAAGCCGUGAAGUGUGCGUGGGCCGGCAGGACGCGGCCACGUGGGAUAGCGUGUGAUUGGACGACACGUGCAAGUUCUCGCAUCCCCGCGCAGAAACUUGUACGUUUGCAGGAUGAGCCAGUGUGAUUGCUAACUGGUCGGUCAUCAAUGGCAUGGGUCAUGUGGGUCAGCCAUGCGUGGUGCUUGACAUUGGUGCGGUUCCAAUAAUGGCAAUUGGGAUUGCGGACGGACGGGGUGCUGCGGCUGCAUUGCGGCGGCACGUGGACGGCGGCAAGACUACUUCUGUGCCCUUCUUCCGCCUGCUGUCCUGCGGCCUUGUAAUCUUUCUCUCAA